AUGAUGUGGAACACCAACCUCCGCUGGCGACUGCCGUUCACCUGCUUGCUCCUGGAGUUGGCCAUGGUGGUCCUCUUCAGCCUGUUUGUGCGCUACGACUUCGAGGCUGACCCCCACUGGACGGAGGAAAAGAAGUACAGGCACAUCACCAGCGACCUUGAGAAUGACUUCUACUAUCGCUACCCGAGCUUUCAGGACGUGCACGUGAUGAUCUUCGUGGGUUUCGGCUUUCUCAUGACCUUCCUGCAACGUUACAGCUUCAGCGCGGUGGGUUUCAACUUCCUGCUGGCGGCCUUUGGUAUCCAGUGGGCGCUGCUCAUGCAGGGGUGGUUCCACACCUUCCAAGAUGGCUACAUCUUCCUGGGCUUGGAGAGCCUCAUCAAUGCAGACUUCUGCGUGGGCUCAGUCUGUGUGGCCUUUGGGGCAGUCCUGGGCAAAGUCAGCCCUGUUCAGCUGCUCAUCAUGACUCUCUUCCAAGUGACCCUCUUUGCAGUGAAUGAAUUCAUUCUCCUCAACGUGCUGCUGGUGAAGGAUGCAGGCGGCUCCAUGACCAUCCACACGUUUGGCGCUUACUUUGGGCUCACAGUGACCUGGAUGCUCUACCGACCCAACCUACAGAAGAGCAAGGAGAGGCAGAGUUCUGUGUACCACUCGGACCUCUUUGCCAUGAUUGGCACCCUCUUCCUGUGGAUGUACUGGCCUAGCUUCAACUCAGCUGUGUCCAACCAUGGGGAUGCCCAGCACCGGGCUGUCAUCAACACCUACUGCUCCCUGGCGGCAUGUGUGCUCACCUCGGUGGCACUGUCCAGUGCCCUGCACAAGAAGGGCAAGCUGGAUAUGGUGCACAUCCAGAAUGCCACACUGGCAGGAGGUGUGGCUGUGGGCACCGCUGCUGAGAUGAUGCUCAUGCCCUACGGCUCCCUCAUCAUUGGUUUCAUCAGUGGCAUCAUCUCUACCCUGGGCUUCGUGUACCUGACGCCUUUCUUGGAGGCCCACAUGCAUAUUCAGGAUACAUGUGGCAUUCACAAUCUGCACGGCCUGCCUGGCCUCAUCGGUGGCAUAGUGGGUGCGGUGACAGCAGCCUCUGCCAACUUGCAAGUGUAUGGGCAGGAAGGGCUUGCCCAUGCCUUUGACCUUGAAAGUGGCAAGACUAACAGGACCACAGAUCUUCAGGGCAGUUUCCAGGCUGCCGGCAUCUUUGUGUCCAUAGCCAUGGCCCUGGUGGGCGGUGGUGUUGUAGGAAUCAUUUUGAAACUCCCAUUCUGGGCACAGCCUGCAGAUGAGAACUGCUUUGAGGAUGAGAUCUACUGGGAGAUGCCGGAAAAACAAGAGACCAUAAGCUCCCACCCUGAGAACCCUGCCCUCAAGACCGUGGCACCCUAA